CCCGGUUACAAAUUCUGAAGUCAUAGCCGCUUCUUCCAGAGUUAAGCCCAAUAAAUCUCCUGGUUUGGAUGGAAUCCCCAAUACUGUACUGAAGAAUGCAAUAGAAAAACAAGCUUCUAUAUUUACGGAUGUUUACAACAGCUGCCUACAGGAAGGAAUCUUCCCUUCGUGUUGGAAAAAGCAAAGAUUGGUGCUUAUUCCUAAAGGUAAUAAGUCCCCAGAACUGCCAUCAUCUUAUAGACCUUUAUGCUUACUAGACACUGCAGGUAAGGUCCUUGAAAGAAUUAUAAGUUCUAGAUUACAAAAAUUCACAGAGGCAAGUCAAGGUCUAUCAAAUAACCAAUUUGGCUUUAGACCUAAACGCUGUACUGUUGAUGCUGUACUACAUGUAUGCAACAUUGCAAAGGAAGCUACUAAGGGCGUAAGGUGGCUAGGUGGUACUAAAAAGUACUGCGCGGUAGUGACCUUAGACGUUAAAAAUGCUUUCAACACUGCUGAGUGGAGUAGCAUCUUAAAUGCACUGAUGAAAAUGAGAGUCCCAGAAUAUCUUUUGAAAAUUAUUACAUCAUAUUUUAAAGACAGAUUACUCUUAUAUGAUACAGAAUCCGGACCCAAAACAUAUAGAAUUACGGGAGGGGUCCCCCAGGGAUCAGUUCUAGGGCCAAUUCUUUGGAAUAUCAUGUACGAUGGUAUCCUUCGAAUUGAAAAGCCGGACGUUGUGCACGUAGUUGGGUAUGCAGAUGAUAUUGCAAUAGUAGUGGUUGCAAAAACUCUAGACGAAGUGGCUAGGAAUUGCAGCGCUACUAUUGCAGCAGCUAAAUCGUGGCUGCAAUACAGCGGAUUAGAGCUUGCUGAACAUAAAACUGAGGUGCUAUUAAUCAGCAGUAGAAAAAAGAUUGAACAACUCUCAAUUAAAGUGGGUGGAGUAGAUAUACAAUCUAGCCCCCAACUUACAUAUCUCGGUGUAACCUUAGAUAGUAGGUUGAGUUUCAAAACUCACCUAAAACAAUCGGGAGAUAAAGCAUCACGUGUCUGCAACGCAUUAUCUCGAUUAAUGCUAAACAUAGGAGGUCCCAAGGACACCGCUAGAGUUCUUUUAGCAUCAGUUUCCAAGUCGGUGAUGCUUUAUGCUGCUCCGGUGUGGGCACAUGCUACAACCAUUAAGUCGUAUUCACGUGUAAUGAAAAGUGCACAUAGAUUGUCAAACCUACGCAUCUGCCGUGCUACCAUCGAGGCGCAAUUCGCAGUAGCUGCCAUUACGAGUGACAUCACACAGUUCAACACGGUAGUAGCAGCGAUUGAGUCAAGUGUUAUCGCCGAUGUAAGUGAUGCAGUGCUUCAUCCUCCUGAAACUGGAAGAUACGCUAAUUUAAAGGCUUGCAUCAUAGAGCGGUACAGUGAGAGCGAGCAGCGGAAGAUUCAACGGUUGUUGUCAGAAGUUGAACUUGGUGAUAGACGCCCAACACAGUUGCUAACGGAGUUGACAGCGUUAGCUAAAGACAAGGUGAGCGAUGAGUUCCUUAAGUCUCUUUGGCUGAAGCGUUUGCCACCACAAGUGCGCGCUAUUCUGCAGGCAUCGAACGUGGCACUAGCAGAACUGGCGAAAUUAGCAGAUCGUAUUUGUGAGGCGGGUGAUUUUCAACAGAUAGCUGUAGCGUCAGCCUCUGAUUGUCCAGCCUAUUCUGAGAAUGCUGUGAUUUUACGAAGGCUUGAGCAAAUCGAACAGCGUCUGAGUCGUUUGGAUUUACGUCGUAGUGAGUCGGUGCAAAGUCGAUCGUCAUCGAGGAGGCGUAGGCGAACUCGUUCCCGACCAGGAAGUCAUCCAGAUUGGUGCUGGUAUCACGAAAG